CCGAACCCACUCCCGCUCGUGAUACUGAGUACCGACGAUGGUUGACUGAGGUCUGAAGCUUUAGCUGCCAUUCCUUUUCCCUAGCUUUCUCUUCCCCGCUUCCCUCAUCUCUUUUUUUGCCUUUGCUUUAUUCCUCUAGUAGUAAGAUCCAGAAGAAGCAGCUGUGCAUUGAGCUGUCUGUUCGGCGACAAAAUCACUAUGAGCCUGAUAAGUUGAUCUGGGAAGUGGGUUUUCUUUUUGACAAAAUGGAGUCCUGCGAUUGCAUCGACACACAAUGGCCCCACGACGAGCUUCUAGUGAAAUAUCAGUACAUCUCUGAUGUACUGAUUGCAGCUGCGUACUUCUCCAUCCCAGUAGAGCUCAUUUACUUCGUGCAAAAGUCGGCGUUCUUCCCUUACAGAUGGGUUCUCAUGCAAUUUGGGGCUUUCAUCGUUCUGUGUGGAGCGACCCAUUUCAUUAAUCUCUGGACUUUCUACGUCCAUUCCAAAGCAGUAGCCAUUGUGAUGACGAUAGCCAAAAUGUCAUGUGCCAUUGUGUCCUGCGCGACUGCUUUGAUGCUGGUUCACAUCAUUCCAGACUUGUUGGGCGUCAAGACUCGAGAGUUGUUCCUCAAGAACAAGGCGGAACAGCUCGAUCGUGAAAUGGGUUUGAUUCUAACACAGGAAGAGACGGGGAGGCAUGUUAGGAUGUUGACACACGAAAUUAGAAGCACAUUGGAUAGGCAUACGAUAUUAAAGACAACACUUGUUGAGCUGGGAAGAACAUUGGGGCUUGAAGAAUGUGCCUUGUGGAUGCCUGCAAGGUCUGGAUCGACUCUACAGCUUUCUCACACUCUGAACUACAAGAUACAAGUUGGAUCCACUGUACAGAUUAACCAUCCAACAGUUGCUGAGGUGUUCAAUAGUGCUCGUGUAGUGAGGAUACCGCAUAACUGUCCUUUGGCAAGGAUUAGGCCUCUUGUGGGUAAGUACCAGCCACCAGAAGUUGUUGGUGUUCGUGUCCCUUUGCUGCACCUCUCCAAUUUCCAGAUCAAUGAUUGGCCUGAAAUGUCUGCAAAGAGCUAUGCUGUCAUGGUCCUCAUUCUCCCUACAGACAGUGCUAGACAGUGGCGAGACCAUGAGUUGGAACUUGUUGAAGUUGUUGCAGAUCAGGUGGCGGUUGCUCUUUCACAUGCUGCAAUUCUGGAAGAAUCUAUGCGGGCACGUGAUCAGCUCAUGGAGCAAAACGUUGCUCUGAAAUCAGCUCGCCAAGAAGCAGAAAUGGCAAUCCAUGCCCGCAAUGAUUUUCUGGCUGUCAUGAACCACGAAAUGCGGACACCGAUGCAUGCAAUCAUUGCACUGUCUUCACUUCUUCUGGAGACGGAGCUAAAUCCUGAACAAAGAGCAAUGUUAGAGACUAUACUAAAGAGUAGUAACCUAUUGGCAAGACUGACUAACGAUGUCCUAGACCUGUCUAGGCUUGAGGAUGGUAGCCUGGAGUUGGAUAGUGGUUUGUUCAACCUUCAUGACGUUUUCAGAGAGGCUGUUCAUUUGAUAAAGCCUAUUGCUGCUGUGAAAAAACUGUCUAUGACUUUGUUUAUGGCACCAGACUUGCCUGGUUAUGCAAUUGGGGAUGAGAAACGGCUUCUGCAAAUCAUUCUCAACAUUGCUGGGAAUGCUGUCAAGUUUACCAAGGAUGGUCAUGUGGCACUCAUAGCAUCAGUUGCCAAAACAGACUCCUUGAGAGACUGGCGGCCUCCUGAGUUUUACCCUAUCUCAAGUGAUGGCCACUUCUAUCUGCGAGUGCAGGUGACGGAUUCUGGAAGUGGUGUUCCUCCACAGGACCUACCAUCGCUGUUUGUGAAAUUUGCUCAGCCUAGAAGUGGAUCCAGUCGUGCUAACAGUGGCAGUGGACUUGGACUAGCCAUUUGUAAACGGUUUGUGAAUCUGAUGGGAGGCCACAUAUGGCUGGAGAGCGAAGGGCUGAAUAAAGGAUGUGUGGCUACCUUCAUCGUCAAGCUUGGGAAUGCUGAUCAUCACGGAACUUCAAACUUAGCCACAUUGCAGAACGCAGCAUCCAGAAAUCACGCGAGUGCAGGUCACAUUGAGCAGCAUAAGCCAGUUUUCAGAGACAUGGAUGUCUCAGGUCAGCGGUACCAGAGAAGCCUUUGAGAGAUCGAUUGAUGGUAAGCAAAAAAGGUGGCUAUUUAGGAUUUGAGGUUGUUGAUGUACUCACUGAGUCACUGGCAUGUAUGUAAUGUAAUACAUACAUAAUGUAAUGACGGGGACUGGAUUCAAGCACAUAAUGAAUUUUUGUGCCAGUCUUUUUAUUCAAUUUGAGUCCUAGAAUGAGUUCCAAUGUUUUUCAUCCACAUGCAAAGUGUUUUAGUAAACUAGAAGAGAG